GCAAAGCCGGCGCUCAUUGGCUGGCGGCUCCGUGACGUCACGUGUUUUGGCUCGAGCAGGUCACAUGUUGCUCGGGGGGUUCCUUUGUUGCGAGUCGCGCAGGAGCGGUGAGCGUGGGGAUAGGGGUAGGGCCAUGUUUUGUCAGCUGUUAUGCAAGGAGUCCAGUAACUUCAGUGGUACUGUUCAUCUUUAGCACUGCAAAGAAGAUACUCAGUGAUCUUUUCUCAAUGAUUCUAUAACCAAUUGAUGUAACAAUGGUACUAAUACUGGGACGCAGACUGAAUAGAGAGGAUAGUGGGAUCCGUGAUUCCCCUGCAUCCAAGCGGAAAGUUUUUGAAAUGGACCCCAAGUCCUUAUCGGGCCCUGAGUUCUUUGACUUCUCUUCAGGAUCGUCCCAUGCUGAAGGCAUACUCCAGAUCUUCAAUGAGUUUCGUGACAACCGCUUGUUCACAGAUGUGAUUAUCUGUGUGGAAGGGAGAGAGUUUCCCUGCCAUCGAGCUGUUCUUUCAGCCUGCAGUAGCUACUUCAGAGCUAUGUUUUGCAAUGAUCAUAGGGAAAGCAGAGAGAUGUUGGUUGAGAUCAAUGGCAUUUUUGCUGAAGCAAUGGAUUGCUUUCUGCAAUAUGUGUACACUGGAAAGGUGAAAAUCACUACAGAAAAUGUGCAGUACCUCUUUGAAACAUCAAGUCUCUUUCAGAUUAGUGUUCUGCGUGAUGCCUGUGCCAAGUUUCUGGAGGAGCAGCUGGACCCUUGUAACUGCCUGGGAAUCCAGCGGUUUGCUGAUACGCACUCACUCAAGACACUGUUUACCAAAUGCAGGACCUUUGCACUGCAGACAUUUGAGGAUGUGUCUCAGCAUGAAGAAUUUCUUGAGCUUGGGAAAGAUGAGCUUAUUGACUACAUUUGCAGUGAUGAACUGGUGAUCGGUAAAGAAGAGAUGGUAUUUGAAGCAGUCAUGCGCUGGGUUUACCGUGCAGUUGAGCUGCGAAGGCCAGUGUUACAUGAACUUCUGACACAUGUGAGACUCCCUUUAUUACACCCUAACUACUUUGUUCAGACAGUGGAAGUAGACCAACUGAUUCAGAAUUCUCCAGAGUGUUAUCAGCUGCUGCACGAAGCAAGGAGAUACCAUAUACUUGGUAAUGAAAUGAUGUCCCCAAGAACUAGGCCACGCAGAUCAACUGGUUAUUCUGAAGUAAUAGUUGUAGUUGGAGGCUGCGAACGAGUUGGGGGUUUUAAUCUGCCAUAUACUGAAUGCUAUGAUCCUGUGACAGGAGAGUGGAAAUCUCUGGCUAAACUCCCGGAAUUUACGAAGUCUGAAUAUGCAGUAUGUGCUCUGCGGAAUGAUAUCCUAGUUUCAGGUGGAAGAAUAAACAGCCGGGAUGUCUGGAUUUAUAACUCUCAGCUUAACAUUUGGAUCAGAGUUGCCUCCCUAAAUAAAGGCAGAUGGAGACACAAAAUGGCUGUCCUUCUUGGUAAAGUAUAUGUAGUUGGAGGCUACGAUGGGCAAAGCCGACUCAGCAGUGUAGAAUGUUAUGAUUCGUUUUCUAAUCGAUGGACAGAGGUGGCUCCGCUGAAGGAAGCUGUGAGUUCUCCAGCAGUGGCCAGCUGUGUGGGCAAGUUAUUUGUGAUUGGUGGCGGUCCUGAUGACAAUACCUGCUCUGACAAGGUUCAGUCCUAUGAUCCUGAUACCAAUUCUUGGUUGCUCCGUGCAACUAUCCCAAUUGCAAAGAGAUGCAUAACAGCUGUAUCUCUAAACAAUUUGAUCUAUGUUGCCGGGGGGCUUACCAAGGCAAUAUACUGCUAUGAUCCAGUUGAGGAUUAUUGGAUGCAUGUACAGAACACAUUCAGCAGACAGGAAAAUUGUGGCAUGUCUGUAUGUAAUGGCAAAAUCUAUAUCCUUGGUGGAAGACGAGAAAAUGGAGAAGCCACAGACACCAUUCUCUGUUAUGAUCCUGCAACGGGCAUUAUCACAGGAGUAGCAGCCAUGCCCAGGCCAGUAUCGUAUCAUGGCUGUGUGACAAUUCAUAGAUAUAAUGAAAAGGGCUUUAAACUGUAAAGAUUGUGUGAAAGAUUCCAGUGACCUGAUGCAAGACAAGAUUUUUAAAGAUUACUAAAACAGGAAACUGACCUUUCCUUAAAGAUCAUGGGAAAAUAAAUUCCUGGUGCCUAUUCGAGAAGGAGAUUAAACACAUGCAUAGAUUUAAUCAAUUAAUGCUUAAAAGGAAAAAAAAAAACUAUGUAAUAACUACAAUGCAGUCAUUUCUGCUCUGCAUUUUGGUCUGACAGCAGUGUUAAAUAUUGUAUUAAUUUUUAGGUUGUACCACUUUCUGUUUAAUCGAUAAUUUACAAUGCUGGAUAUGUUGUUGGGAAAGUGCCUUCACAAAUAUUUGUGGUUGUAAGGAAUGAUGUCUGCAUUUGCAGUCUAUUAAUAGAAACCAUUUAAUCACGUAAACCUUCAAAGAAUUAUUUAAUUGUAAAGUGUGCAUAUCCUUCUGAUUUGAUAAGUACUACAUUCUUUUUACAAAACAAAUUGCUUGCCUUACCAAAAUGAUGAUGAUAUUUCAGGAUCACCCACUACUCGGGACUUUUUUUUUAACUUAGUGCUUUAUAGGAAAAAAAUGUUUAAAAUCCUUGAGAAAUAUUAUUCUUUGUUAGUGGACGAUAGAGAACGAAGAUGUAAGUUUGUUUGCUGAGCUACUGCAAAAUAUUGCGAUAGCUCUUGUUUCCUUAUCACUAUGGACCUUAAUCAUAGGUUGCUAAGAAUUUAUUCAAAGUCCUACAAAUACAGGACAGUAUACAUAUUGAGAAACUAAUGAUCCAGAGUGUGUACCUAUAUUUGUGAAGCAAUUUUGUGUCUUCCCUUAAUUGUACAGAUGAAAUCUGAUGGUUCCUAGUUUAAUUUUUUUUUUUUACUAAUGCAAGGUACUCUUCAGCUGCUCAGUGAAUAGGGACCAGUAGUUGAGGGGUACUUCUAUCUCUCCAGUUUCCAUCAUAUAAACUGUCUGGUGAUAGAAUCAGGGGCUACAGGCCUAACUCCAUAGCUUUUAUAAAUUGGGCUUUGGGGUAUCUCAUUAUGCAAAGGUUGGGUGUACUUGCUAACUGUAUUUUAGGUCUUUUUCAGACAAUCAUUUCUCCCCCUCUUCUCUCAGAAUGGUUAAGUUUUUUGCAUAACUCUAGAAUAGCUGUUUUUCCAGACUGUUGCCAAAGAACCCAUCCAUUUAGCCACAUGAAAACUUUCAUGUAGCAUGUUUCACUAAGGCUAAGGACAAAUAUUGCAUUUGUCCUGGCACAAGUUGUGCCUCUUUUGUCAUGGAACAGAAAAAUCCCAAAAUGUAAUGCGUACAUGCUGCCCUUCCUAUCAGGGUUUAAUGAGCAGCUGAAUACACUGCUGCUUUUCUGCCACUGAUGCAGUCGAUAGAGUCCUGGGACAACUGUUCAGACAUAUUUUGUAAUGUUCUGGGACAAACAGUAAGCACUUCUUAUGUUGUGAACCUUUUUAGUGGUUGUCCUAGGGCAGUGGACAUGGAUGUCUGAAUAGUUCACUUUGUCCUCUGAUUUAAAAUGGCUUUCUCCCAGAACAGAUGCAACUUCUGUUUUGUACCCUGAUUUAAUUUUAAUUUUUGAGCAUUAGUGACUUCCAAAGUAUUGCCCCAUAUUUUGGCCCAGUGCUUUUCAGUUAACUCUUGCUAAAGUUCUUCUUCCCAUUCCUGCUUGGAUAUCUGGACAUAUUUCUCACACUAUAAGCUUUGUAGAGUUGGGGAACAGGUUCAUGAAAUGUCAAGUAACAAUUGAGGAUUUGCGUGUGGAAGGGGUGCUUGUGCACCAGUUCCCAAUGAUCACCAAAAAGGUGGAGAUCAAUACUCUCAUGACACUCUUCCUCACUGUGGAACCUCUCUAUAAGAACAAUUCUGCCAUCAUGAGCUAGCAAAGGAAAGCAUGUGGUCUGUGCAAGAACAGCUCUGGUCUGCAACAGGUCCCAUGAGAUUUAGCAAUUUAAACCUUUACUUUGUGGAGAAUGGAAACAAACACAUGCACAUGAGAGGAGACUAAAUAGACUAGGAUUUGUUUUAGUGUAGAAAAGAGUAGCUUGAUGGGGAACAUGAUGUAGAUCUACAAAAUGUUAAAUAGUAAAGAGAGAGCAAAUGGGGAUUUAUAUCCUCUAGUUCUAGUACUUUGAGAGAUCAUAAAUAAUAAAGUGAAGCUAUUGGAUAACGAGUAAGUGCUUUUUCACACAGUUUGUUAACUAACUUAUAUAACUCAUUGCCACAGGAUGUUGUGGAGGCAGAUUCUUUGACCCAGUGCAAAAAGAGAAUUGAUGAAUCAGCGAACUACGAACUAGUAACUAGUGAAUCAGUUGCUGAGCAUGUGUGCCACCAUGGUCCUAAAUGGGAAACAAGUCAGUAGUUUAGAAAAGAGGAGGGGGCAGGAAUUGUGUAAAGCUUGCCCUUUCCUAGAUUUCUUUGGUCCCUGUUCACCAAGCCUGACUUUUUAAAAAGGUAAUACCAGCACACGUGAAUAAGGUCCGUUGACAGCAGUGAUAAUUGCACAGGAACUGUUGUUCACUAAUAUGGUAAAUAACUUGUGCCAUCAUUGUAAGUGAAAAACUAAAUGUGUUAGAAGUAUCUGAUCAGAGUUUUUGAAAAGAGAGAUUUCUCUCUACUAUGCCUAUUACGUAUUGAUAAAUUCUUGGUGGGUUUUUUACUAUUAGUCCUUAUAGUAAGCUGAAAUGUGUGUGUUUGUUUUUUUUGUAAGCAUUUAGAAAUGUUGUUUGUGUGGAAAUAACUUCUAAUUUACAUUUACGAUUGUAUUGCACCUCUGUAAACACAACUCAUUGCUUUUUAUGAUUCUGAACAUUCAAUCUAUAUUCUAGUAUUUUGUCCUUUUUGUAUGUAUCUUGUUACUGUUACAUAAUAACUUCUAAGUAGUUGCUUACUGUACCAGUAUACAGAGUAGCUUUUAUGUAAAAGACCAUUUUUAAUGCAGUUCCAUACACCUGUAGCAAUAAUGGAACAGCGCGGUGAUUUAACUAAAAUGGCAAUGCUAUUUAUGCAGUAAUUUCUUAAGUAAACACUCAACAUACUUUGCUUUGGACUUAGUAUACAUAGUUGCAGUUAUGACCCAUUCUGUUAAUAUUUUUAAAUUUAUAGAAGAAAAUUAGUUGAUUUCUUUUGGCAUACAGAGAAUGUAACUUUUUUUUUUUUUUAGAGGCGUUGAGUUUUAUUAAUGAUCCCUGUUCUUGCAUCUUUUUUUUUCCUCCAAGGCAUUUCAUUUGGGGGCAAAAGAAUUAAAAGAUUAAGGCUUCUACUUUUGAUUGCAGCUUGCAUGCUCCAGUAAAAAAGUAGAUUCUGUUUGUUUUUCUUUUUGCUAAUCUGAGAGAAAAUACUGAAGUGCCUUCUAGCAUAAUCAAAGAAUGUCCGUGAUGAAUAAUAAUAGAUGUGCUAGCAUCAGGUAAUGAUAUCGAGGAUAUACGUCAGAGUAGCCAUUCUUUUCAAGCUUUUCCACCCGCCUAGGAAAUCACUUAAUUUGUCUAAUAUUUUGCUAACAAAAUGAUGUAAUAACUUGUUAAGCAUUCAUCUUUGAAAGAAGUUUAUAGAUUAAGCAUAUUCUUCUGUUUUUAAUGUCCAUAAGCUUUCACUCUGUUCACCUGAAUCUGGAUAUUUGGUACUUUAAUUCAACUUGCCUAUCAAGAAUGUUCCAUCCAAAUUUGAGUAUAGCAUCUUAGUGGAAUCUACAGUCUGCUGCUUUUACAUGUAUCAUGAGUGCCAUCAGCUUUUCAGUCAUGGGCGUGUUAAUUGCCUAUAGACACUACUAGGCAAUUCAUUUUUGGUAGGUUUUCCCACCUCCCCCAGAUGUCUAAAGAACUUUUAGAACUUUCUCCAUUUGUACCCUCAGUUCAUCAGCAAGGCAUGCCUGCUGUAGACUUCAAGGAUUAAGCACUGUGUUUUCUUAUCAGUGACCAGGUGGGAUUUCUGUGUAUUUUUAUUUUUGACUCCUGCACCAAUACAAUCAGCAUCCAGAAAUGCUUUAAUAUUCUCACUGCAUGGUGCACAGGUACCUUUUACUCAGGUGAUACUGGUAUGGACUCCUUCUGUUUUCAUCUAUUCAGGACUCUGUGGGAUUUUCAGCAUUCUUCAGGUUUUAGGGAAAGGGUGGCAAAGGGGGUGGCAGGGAGGGGUGGAAGUGUUUACCCAGAUAGAGGAGAAGUUCAAAGAUGCUUUGGACCUUUCUGCUUGAACAGAGAACGUUGAUGAUUGUUAGGGUGUCUUCCAUGAAAUGGAGUUGGAUAUUCUAUGAUUGCUCAGGUCAUCCCAUCUCUGAAUUGGUGAGUUGUAAGGACACAAGAAGUAAUCGGUUUCCUGCUAUUUAAGAUCCCUUCUGCAACAUGAUGUGUAUGUAUUUUUUGGGAGGGGCUGGGGGAGAGGCGUGCAUUGGACCUUCAUUGCUCUUGACCCAAACGUGGAGGCAAUGGACUUGUAAACUUAUUCUUUUUCCAAAGAAAAUAAACAGAAAGAAACAAAAUGGGAAGUGGAAAAAGUAUUGCAUAUUAAAUUCCAUUCCAAACGCAUUGCAUUUGUUUGGUUGUCAAGGUUGUUGCAAAUGAUAUCUUUGAGAUGCUCAUUAUUCCAGCUGUUGAGGUAUAUUUGACAAAAAGAUUUCAUGUUUGGCAUCUGAUCAUGUUCAGCUUAAGAGAAGAAGAUGUAUAUAUUGAUAUACUUUAAGAAAAAGAAUCUAGUGAUAAAGCUAAGGAAAAACAAAGGUUCAGUUUUCCUGCUUGCCCAGUUUGGACAAGACUCAUCUGGUUUUCUCUGCUGUUGAAGAUGGCAAUAGCCCAUUCAAGAAGAUUAUGAAACUUGCCAGGCUUGAUGGUUCAGAAGCAAAGCAGAUGUUUUCAUUUGAACUUAGACUCUUUUGAAUACAAGAAGGCACAAAUGAAGUACCAAUGAAGUUUGGUAUAAGAGUCUGAGUCCUAAGACUGAAAAGGAGUCUGCUAGGUGGUAUAGAAUUUCAAGCAGAAACUUGAUAUUUGGUAUGGGGCCAAACAAUGCUUUUUCACACAUGUAGCAUGCAAGUUUUCUUUAAUACACUCUUACAAGUCAAGACUUGAGGUAGACUUACUAAAAAUCUGGUUAUAUUUUUAUUUUUUGAACAUGUAGGUUCAAUGAGAACUAUAGCAAAAAGAGUAGUAACCAACCUCCCAUCCAUUCCCCAAGGCUGGAUUUGUAAGUCACAACCACAGUUCGGAGACGCUGACAAUACUUGCCAGCAGUUACAAAUAACUGAGAUUAUUUGUGCACAAGCGUCCAUGUAAUAUAACUUAGCAGCAUAUAUCCAUACAUUACGUUACCUUCAGAGAGUGCUCUUGUAACGAGAGAUCUCAUAAUGCUUCAGUUGAUACUUUUAAUUAUUCAUUUAUAUGUAGCUGCUUUUGUGUGUGCAUAAUUUUCUGACCAUUUUUUAGAAGCGUGUAUGAUCAGUUAUAAAUAUGUAAAGCUUUUGUAUGUAGCAUGUUAGCUAUAUUUAAGUAAUGAAGACCAAUAUAUAGUUGCAACUUGCUUGGUAUCACUGGUUCCAAAGAAAAUAUUUUUAGCAUUCAAGGCACAGAUAUUUUUGCAACUCUUUAACUUGUUCUCAAUAUGAGAUUGGAUCAUUCCUGCUGGAUUCUCAUAUUUUGUGAAGGUCAGUCGUGCUGCCAACAACAGUAAAAUCCUAAUCAACUAAAGUAACUUCUACACUUGUUAAUUAAAAGAACAGUUAAAUCCAUUGAUGCAGAAUGUGCAUACUUCUGGCUUAAAAGUGAUGGGAGGAUUUAGUCAGGCAAAAUUAAUUGUGGUGAGAUGGUCUCUCCCUUUUCCCCCCUCUCCCCCAUUCCCAAUUUUUCUCUUUCCCAGAACUGCCUCUGACACGAGAGAAUUUUAGUUUUGUUAACCAGCUGUCCUUAAUGUGUAUAAUAACCCUUUUUUGUUGUUUGUUUGUUAAUAGCCUGUAUUAUAGUUCAGGAGAGUCUGACACAUCCGUCAGAAAUAGCUUUAGGACAACAGAUUUUAUUUUGUUUUCCUAGAAUACAUAAUCUGAAGCAAUAGUACAAUGCAGAACAGCAGUAAGUGAGACCAAGAGACUUGAAUAUAAUGUACAACAGUGAACACUUGACCCACAGGUCUAUUUUCCUUCAUUACACUCCCAUAGGAACUUUUAAAUCACUUAAUAAAGGAAAGGGAAUACAUCUGCUAAUCUUCAUACUGACUUGAUAUGUAUUUACAGAAAAUGAAAUGGUUUUAAAAGCUCGACCAAGAGUUAAUCUCUCUUUCAGGAACAAACUGGUACAGCAGAAAUGAAACAUGAAUAGAAGUGCAGACCACUUAUGUACCAGACUCAGCACAUUAAUUUGCAUAAAGCCAGUUUUUUAAAUCCUCAGUUCUGUUUGGACAGUGGGAAAUUUUUUUUGUAAUAUAACACAACAUUUCAAUAACAUUUUAUGUACCUGUUAUAUUUAAAUGUAUUUCUUGCAUAAUUCUUUAAAAGUUUUUUUUGUUCUGUUUUUUAAGUUCAAUGAAUCUAAUAAACACUUGUCUUUUCAAAUA